AUGACGCUCAAACAGCUGAAUCAAGAAUUAGUUCCAUAUGAAGCCAAACGAAAACUAUGUGCACGUUACGAUCUGUUUCUUGCUGAUCGUCGUAUUAUAACGGCAUUGAUGCGUGGUCAACUACUUGAUUUUAAACAACGUUUAAUUUCUUUGUGUUCUUCAACGCUUGGUCGAAUGGCCGGCACUGGACCUUUGUUUUCUAUGCAAUUCACCAAUGUGAAACAAUCAAUUGAUCAUGGAAUGGAAAAUCUGCAAGCCGUUUGCCAAGUUAUCGGUCAAGAACUACCCGGCAGUUGGUUAAAUGUUGAUCACGCUUAUUUCUAUGGCAAUAAUCUACAAUCUUUACCAAUUUAUUACAGUUCACAUACGAAAAAUGACGUGAAGAAAUUGAAUGUACCGUCGCAUGAUGCCAAUGCAAUGACUCAAAUUGGUGAACUAUCAACCACGGACAAAAAUCUUAAUGUCAUUGUUGAACCCAACGGUAAUAUACAUCUGACAAAGCGAAAGAAAUUGAACGAGAAUUAUAAGAAGAAGAAAACUACGAAACGUUUACAAAAGACAUGGCUUCAAGGUGGACAACAAAAAUCUUCAACUAAAACACCUAAACCCAAAAAACAAAAGAAUGUCAAACAAGCGGAUGAAACACUUGAUUUCAAUGCUGAUGGUAAACCAUUAGUUGACGCGGAAUUUGUUAACCGUGUCAAUAAAACAAAGCUUGCGAAGAAGACUGAAAAACCAAAACAUGUCGAACAAAAUUAUGCAAGUAAACCGGCGCCAAAAGCCGAAAAACGAAAACGUCUUUUAGCAACUGCGAAACAAGUGGCAAACGAAAAGGAUAACGCUAAUGAUGAUGUUCCAACACUGGUAGCAGACGACGAAGAACGUAAGAUAAAAAGUGGUGGACGAAAAUCACCAGUUAUCCUGGCUCAAGAAAAUACUUAUAGACGAAACAGUUCAGAUGAUGAACUAUCGACGAUAAUGGAAGACGUGCAAAUAUGCGAUCAACAGUUCAUUAAAGGUUUUCCUUCGUCUGCAGGUCGAGAUGAACUGAUUUCACCAAGAGGUAGACUGGUCCAUCGAGAACCACCAGUAAAUGUUGCUGCAGUGUCUCCAUUAUCGAAAGUCGAUGUUUUGUUACCGAUUGUUGUUUUUGCUUGUAAUCGGCCACGUGCUCUUCAAAUGCAUAUAGAAGCAUUACUCAAGAUUCGUAAAGAUCCACAAUUAAAUCCAAUUAUCGUCAGUUUGGAUUGCAAUGAUCCAGCCACUAUUGAAGUUGCAAAAAAGUUCGGCGAUAAAAUCAAACAAAUAAUCCAGUUACCUAAUCUCGGUCCCCUUCAUAUUGUACCCUCGGAACAACAAUUGGUUGGAUAUUACAAAAUAGCACGUCAUUACAACUAUUCGCUCAAUUAUGUUUUGAAUGUUUUAAACUAUGAAGCAAUUAUUAUCACUGAAGACGAUUUAGAAGUGUCACCUGAUUUUCUCAAUUAUUUUCAAGCAUUAUAUCCAUUGCUUAAAGUCGACAAAACAAUAUGGUGUAUAUCAGCAUGGAAUGAUAACGGGAUCGAUAAAAAAAUUGAGCGGAAUGCCAGUCUCCUUCACCGCAGUGACUUCUUUCCAGGUCUUGGCUGGUUACUCACAAGAACGUUUUUUAAUGAAGUUAAACACAGAUGGCCAAGAGCAUUUUGGGAUGAUUGGGUGAGAAAACCUGAACAACGACGUGAUCGAGUGUGUAUUCGACCAGAAGUUGCGAGAACAGGAAUAUCACCUGAAGGGAAAAGAGGUGUGAGCGGAGGUCAAUUCUAUGAUAGUUAUUUGAGAAAAAUAAUUAAAAAUACGGAUCCAAUAGAUUGGAAAUCGACUGAUGUUACUUAUUUGAUCAAGGAUCGAUACGAUCCAGUUUUUGAAUCUCGUAUCAAUGCUUGUCCUGUGAUGACUAUAUCCGAUUUAGCUGCAACUAUUGGUGAUAUGAAAUGCGCUCAAAUUCGUUAUGGUAAUGAGAAAGAAUUUGUUGCUAUUGCUGACACACUCGGGAUUAUGAACGAUUUCAAAGAUAGUGUUGCUCGAACAGCGUACCGAGGUGUCGUUCAAUGUCGUUUUGGUAGAGCAAGAGUUUAUGUUACUCCAAAUAAAAUCGCUUCGAAAGGUUAUGGUAAUCUUACUGCUGCGUAA